AUGGUUUUAAAAAACAACUAUCAAGACUUAAGAGCUGACGACUAUUAUGACUUAAGAGCUGAUGACUAUUAUGACUUAAGAGCUGACGACUAUUAUGACUUAAGAGCUGACGACUAUUAUGACUUAAGAACUGACGACUAUUAUGACUUAAGAGCUGACGACUAUUAUGACUUAAAAGCUGACGACUAUUAUGACUUAAGAACUGACGACUAUUAUGACUUAAGAGCUGACGACUAUUAUGACUUAAGAGCUGACGACUAUUAUGACUUAAGAGCUGACGACUAUUAUGACUUAAGAGCUGACGACUAUUAUGACUUAAGAGCUGACGACUAUUAUGACUUAAGAGCUGACGACUAUUAUGACUUAAGAGCUGACGACUAUUAUGACUUAAGAGCUGACGACUAUUAUGACUUAAGAGCUGACGACUAUUAUGACUUAAGAGCUGACGACUAUUAUGACUUAAGAGCUGACGACUAUUAUGACUUAAGAGCUGACGACUAUUAUGACUUAAGAACUGACGACUAUUAUGACUUAAGAGCUGACGACUAUUAUGACUUAAGAGCUGACGACUAUUAUGACUUAAGAGCUGACGACUAUUAUGACUUAAGAACUGACGACUAUUAUGACUUAAGAGCUGACGACUAUUAUGACUUAAGAGCUGACGACUAUUAUGACUUAAGAACUGACGACUAUUAUGACUUAAGAGCUGACGACUAUUAUGACUUAAGAACUGACGACUAUUAUGACUUAAGAGCUGACGACUAUUAUGACUUAAGAGCUGACGACUAUUAUGACUUAAGAACUGACGACUAUUAUGACUUAAGAGCUGACGACUAUUAUGACUUAAGAGCUGUAGAGUAUGAGACAAUCCUCAAAGUUUCCUAG